UGGGGCCGGGGGGGCGGAGUGCGCUGCCGAGGGGCGCAGCGGGGACCAGGCACAGGGAGGAGCCGGUGGGACAAGAGCCGGGGCCUCCUGGGGCCCAGGAGAACUUUCUUCUUCAUACAACUGUGCCGGGAGGAUCCGCUUCAGGAUACGGAUCCAAAGGGAGCGUGAGAUGCCAAGACAGCGCCGCUGAUCUGCCCCAGCCCAGCUGGAAAGACAGCCCUUGCCUGCUCCUUCACCAAAGCAAACACUGGGGACCACAUCCCACCUCCCAUCAUGGAGCUGAACGAUAUCUUCCCAGUUCCCACAUCACCCAUGAUGGAGAUCAAUGGAGACGAGCCAUGCAGGAUGGAGGUCACCAACAUGGCCAUAGAUGGAGUGACGCUGCUCGUUGCCCUCUGCGGGCUGCUGGGGAAUGCAGCCGUCCUCUGGCUCAUCAGCGUCCGCAUCCACAGUAACCCCAUCACCAAAAACAUCCACUACCUGGUAAUUGUUGACAGCACCUUCCUCCUUUUCAUGGGAACCUUUUCCCUCCUCUACAUGAUAGAGAAUGCCUCUUGCUCCGCUGUUGUGCCUCCGAUACACCUGGAGUCGUUUUUGCUGCUCUCACCCCUCUUCUACAGCUGGGGCCUGUACCUCCUGACAGCUGUCGGCAUUGAGAGGUGCGUGUCCAUCCUCUGCUCCAGCACCUACAGCCCCUGGCUCUUGUUGGCUGUGGACAGUGUCCUGCUCUGGGUCCUCCCCUUCGUUGUCAUGGUCUCAGUGACUUCUCUGUGCCGGUUGCGUGAGCAUGAGCACUGCCGGAUAGCCCUCAUCUCCACGUACAGCCUCAACUUAUUCAUCUUUGCACCAACCAUGGUCAUUUCCAGCACAAUCGCCUUCAUUAAGGUCCUGCGUGGCUCCCAGCAGCACCAACCCAAGAGGUUCUACGUUGCUAUCUUCCUCACCAUCCUCUUCUAUCUCAUCUUUGGGCUUCCCCUCAGCAUCUGGAAUUUCCUGCAGCAGUUUGACUACCCCGUCAUUUCCUACCAGGUUGUUUUCCUGCUCGCCUGCAUCAACAGCAGCAUCAAGCCCUUCAUCUACUUCUUGGUGGGGAGCUGCAGGAGGCACUGCUCCUUGGUGUCGCUCCGGGUCGCCUUCCGGAGGGUCUUCAAAGAGCCAGAAGACAACACGGCAUGCAGCAACGCUAUUAGGAUGGACCCACUGGCCCCAGCCAGUUGAAGCCUUUCCAGCCUUGCUCUGCUUAAGGCCCCCGGCUCAGUGCCUGAGGGCUUCCUUGGUGUCCUGGUUUGGGCUGGGACAGAGUUCAUUUUCUUCCCAGGAGCUGGCACAGCGCUGUGUUGUGGACUGAGCCU